AUGACGGCGGUGGAUGGGCUAACAGACAGCACAGAGGUGGUGGAGAUGGAGGAUGUGCCGUCUCAGUUCUAUGUGGAGAAGCACUCGUGGGAUGGCCUGCGUGACAUCAUCCACAGCAGCAGGAAAUACUCAGGAAUGAUCGCCAACAAAGCGCCCCAUGACUUCCAGUUUGUGCAGAAAAACUAUGAGUCAGGCCCCCACUCCCAUCGACUGUACUACCUCGGUGAGCCAAGGCCAUCUGCCACUGAAGAUCGUCACACUAUUGCUCAAUCAGUGCUUCAUUGAGUUAAUGUGCACAUUUUUCAAUUAACUACACUAUGUUGCAAGUUGUACCUUGAUCACUUAACUUGUUUUCACUUCCAAUGUCUCUCUAUCUAUCAGGAAUGCCUUACGGAAGUAGAGAGAACUCACUGCUCUACUCAGAAAUCCCCAAGAAGAUCCGGAAAGAGGCCCUCUUGGUGUUGUCGUGGAAACAGAUGCUGGAUCACUUCCAGGUGAAUAUCACUUAUCUAAUUUGUUCCACUGAAACCUAAUGACAUCCAAACUAGGGUUGAAUAUUUUCCCGAAAUCUACACAUUUUCCUUCCAGAAAAAAUUGCAAGCCCCUCCCGGGCAUCCCGGUAUUCCCGUUCAAUCCGGAAAUGCUAUAUAAUACCACCCCCAAAAAUGUGACAUGAUAAUACCACUGUAAAUUGGUACAUAUUCACAGGAAUCAAAGUGUUUCUUGUUGUAUUUGCUGUAAUUGAAUCAACUCAAAGUUCUCUGUAACCACACUAGGCUAUUUCGUUAAUGUAGCCUAGUUUUAAUGUAGGCCUAUGAAGCACUGUUUGCCGACUGGUAAUGAUGAGGUUAUUACAGCCUAGUGAAAAUUAGAUCUGUUUUAGCCUACCUUUGACUGAAAGAUGUCAGCCAGCUUGUUAGGUCCUUAACUAUCCCCUUGCACCUGGCUAUCAGGGGAAUUUGGAAAGGUUGUGGCUGUUUUUACUUUAUGAUAACCUGCUUAUUGUGGCAUAUCCGAUGCUGCGCAAAAUAAACAGGAACGCAAUAGCAGCAAAAGCGGAGAUUCAGCACCAUGGAUAGCGCCGCGGUUGAUCAAUUCACCACAUAUCUAACUAGUCAAUCCCGUGCCAUACGGUCUAUGGCCCAUGCUCUCUUGCAUGCGUCUCUUCAGGAGCAUUUGAAAAAAUCUCUUUUUGGUAAGAAUAAGCAUUUGCUCUGGUCCCUGCAUCUGUGUCAAUUAGCCUACAAACGCUGCACUGUUCAUAAGUCUCUUCAUUCACAAUUUCACAAUUAAUGUUGUCACCUAUCAGACUAUUGUCAAUUUAAUAUUGGUUUUAGGGUACAUCUAUUAUUAUGUGUGAAAUUAGUUUCGGUAUAGUUUAGGUGCAGUGAGUGCCGCAGUUGAUAUUUUAGAGCCUCUGCUAGUGCCACACAGCUACAUUUAUCAAAUCAAAUCAAUUUUUAUUUGUGAAAUGCUUGCUUACAAGCCCUUAACCAACAAUACCGUUUUUAAGAAAAAUAAGAGUUCAGAAAAAUAUUUACUAAAUAAAGUAAAAAAUAAACGAGCAACAAUAAAAAAACAAUAACGAGGCUAUAUACAGGGGGUACCGGUACCGAGUCAAUGUGCGGGGGUACAGGUUAGUCGUGGUAAUUGAGGUGAUAUGUACAUGUAGGUAGGGGUAAAGUGACUAUGCAUAGAUAAUAAACAGCCAGUAGCAGCAGUGUAAAAUAAAAGGGGUCAGUGCAAAUAAUCCAGGUAGCCAUUUGAUUAGCUGUUCAGCAGUCUUAUGGCUUGGGGGUAGAAGCUGUUAAGAAGCCUUUUGGACCUAGACUUGGCGCUCCAGUACCGCUUGCCGUGCGGUAGCAGAGAGAACAGUCUAUGACUAGGGUGGCUGGACUCUUUGGCAAUUUCUAGGGCCUUCCUCUGACACUGCCUGGUAUAGAGGUCCUGGAUGGCAGGAAGCUUGGCGCCAGUGAUGUACUGGGCCGUACACACUACCCUCUGUGGCGCCUUGCAGUCGGAGGCCGAGCAGUUGCCAUACCAGGCGGUGAUGCAACCAGGCAGGAUGCUCUUGAUGGUGCAGCUGUAUAACUUUUUGAGGAUCUUUAGGAGAUUUGUUAAUGUGAGAUGGAGAUUGCCUGUGUUGAGAGGUUGCGUGUAGCCUUCAAAUGAUGGUCGUCAAUGCAAUUUAUAAAAGUCUUGUAAGUGACUUUAUGUUGAGUAAAUAUGGUAGGCUGUUCCCGUUGUUAUUUUUUCACGGGAAACAGGAAGGAACUUGGUUGGGAAAUCUUGGUAUCCAUGUCACCGGAAUUCAACCCUAAUCCAAACCUGGUAACAAGAGAUUGUACAGAAUCAUAUACCCAAGGGAAUACUAAUAAAAUAUACUACAGUUAUUAUGCUCAUAAGAGAAGCAUCUCAAGCGUUCUGUACAAAAGUUGACUGGUUACGUUGCUAAUUUGCUAGCAACGUACAGAACAAUAUAACAAGACCCGAAGCCAGGAGACACAUAGGAAAGUGGAACGAACAGAGCUGCAGUGGAGGGUAAAUGCAAGUAAACGCAGUUUACCCACUUUGACAGUUUACCUACCUUUUGCAGAAAAAAAGCAUUGAAAGUAUACCUUUUUCACCGCGACCGGCGAUCAGACCGGCGACCCACCUAUUUUUUAUGACUACAUCACAGACGUAAACAGACACCCACAAAAACUCCAGACAAUGACGAUUAAAUAACCAUUGAAUAAUCAUAAAAUGAUUAUAAUGAUUGCAAAAUUGCUUUUCCAUCUUUCCAACACUUCCAGGCCACCCCGCACCAGGGGGCCUAUUCCCGGGAAGAGGAGCUGCUUAGGGAGCGUAAGCGUCUGGGAGCGUUUGGGAUCACCUCCUACGACUACCACACCCAGACCGGCCUGUUCCUCUUCCAGGCCAGCAACAGCCUCUUCUAUUGUCAGGACGGGGGCAGCAACGGCUUCAUUGUGAGUUUUACCCCCCUUUAUCAUCAAACAAGUGUAUUUAUAAAGCUUUCUACAUCAGCAGUUCUAAAUUCCUCCAUUUAAAUUUAGACCAUCCACUGCUUUAAUUUCUUCACAUUCACAACAGUGAGUUAGCAGCUUGCUAGAGCCACCUUGUAAAUAAUUACCUUGUAUUUUCCUGUAUGGUGAAUAAAAAGUUGGCAACUCAAAACGUUGUCAGAUAUGUUCUGGUAAUUGUAUGAGCUGGCUAGACAAAGAAAUCCAUUAUUAAUUUGUUUAUGCAGUUCCUAAGAAACAUACAACUAAUACAAUUUAUUUUCAAUAGAAUGGUAUAUUUUGAGUUUAAUUAUAUUACUGGUCUGUGCAAAUGAUUAUUUAAUUUUGUUCAUUAAACAGACAAGAGACACACUUAGCCUACAUUCCCCUGCCCUGAUCAGUCAACACACAUAGGGCCUAUAUUUUAUAGUAAGAAUUUAUAUAAUGGAUAUAACAGAAUAAAAUAUAAAUAAUAUUUUUCCCACACAACUUGAGUGUCACGAACGUGUGGAACCGCUGUCAUGUAACAAAAGUUGUAUAAAAAAUAAAUAAUAAUUGACCUCUAUAGGGUGAUUUCAGGAAGUUGCUUUUUUGAUCCACUUUGGAUGUGAUCACACCAUCGCGCGCUUUCUCUUCCUUCAAACCCCCCAACAUUUAUUAUGUCUGAAGACAGAGAUAGCCUACUAGCGAUUUGUUGUUUAAGUUAGAAACGUAUGCAUAUUAAACUAUAAUUUAUUAACUAAAUAUAAGGGCCUUUAAAUAUUUACCUGUCAAAGUCAAGAAAAAAAGAUUAAAUGGCAGUGUGCAUUCCCCCAUGGUAAAUGCCAAAGCAUUUCUGUGACAAUAGACAAUCACCGCUCAAGGACAGCACUACAUACAUUUAAAUGGAGAGAAUAAAUGCAUUAAAAGCAUUUCUGUGAAUCUGUGUGAUUGACAAGUUUAAUGUUGGACAAUAAUAUAAUGUUCAUGAUUUCAUGCAUACCAAAGAUGGUAAGAUGAGGGGGUUGGUGGGACUUUUAAAUACAUUACAGCAACUGUGACUAGGUCGGUUGCCGGAAAUAAAAGUACAGGCUUUGUUGCCGGCAAUACCUUUCAGAUGAAUAGAAAAGGCGUGGUAAAGUUGGCAGGAAAACGUCUUGGUAUGAAAAAGUAUUCAAACCUCUUGGGUUUCUUCACAUGUUACAAAGUGAGAUAAACAUGGAUUUAAUUGUCAUUUUUUUGUCAACAAUCUAUCACAAAAUACUCUAAUGUCAAAGUGGAAGACAAAUUCUAACUUUUAUUUUUUAGAUUAAUAAAAAUGUAAUAACUAAAAAUAGUCAUUGCAUAAGUAUUCAGCUCCCUGAGUCAAUACAUGUUAGAAACACCUUUGGGAUCAAUUACAGCUGUGAGUGUUCUUGGGAAAGUCUAAGAGCUUUGCACACCUGGAUUAUGCAAUAUUUGCCCAUUAUUAUUAUUUUAAAAUUCUUCAAGCUCUGCCAAGAUGUUGGCGAUCAUGGCUAGACAGCAACCUUUGGUAUGAUGUUCUUACUGUGGAAUGCAGAGUUUGGUUUUCGCCAGGCAUUACUGGAACCAUGUCGUCCAAAAAGUUAUACUUUUCAAUCAUCUGUCCAUAGAACGUUCUUCCAAGAGUCUUGAUGAUCAUCCAGGUGCUUUUUGGCAAACUUGAGUCAACUUUUUGGACGAGAUGGGUCCCAUUUAUGCCUGGCGAAAACCAAACACUGCAUUCCACAGUAAGAACAUCAUACCAAAGGUCAAGCAUGGUGGUGGUGGUGUGAUGGUUUGGGGAUGCUUUGCUGCCUCAGGACCUGGACGACUUGCCUUAAUAGAAGGAACCAUGAAUUCUGCUCUGUAUCAGAGAAUUCUACAGGAGAAUGUCAGACCAUCCGUCUGUGAGCUGAAGCUGAAGCGCAGCUGGGUCAUGCAGCAAGACAAUGAUCCAAAACACACAAUCAAGUCUACAUGAAAAUUGCUAAAAAGCAACAAAUUUGAAGUUUUGGAAUGACCUAGUCAAAGUCCAGACCUAAUCCCAAUUGAGAUGUUGUGGCAGGACUUGAAACGAGCAGUUCAUGCUUGAAAACCCACACGUCACUGAGUUAAAGCAGUUCUGUAUGGAAGAGUGGGCCAAAAUUCCUCCACAGCGACGUGAGAGACUGAUCAACAACUACAGGAAGCAUUUGGUUGGAGUCAUUGCAGCUAAAGGUGGCACAACCAGUUAUUAAGUGUAAGGGGGCAAUUACUUUUUCACACAGGGGAAUUGGGUGUUGCAUAACUUUGUUUAUGAAAUAAAUAUGUAAUUGUUAUGUUAUUUGUUCACUUUUGUUCCCUUUAUCUAAUAUUAGGUUUUGGUUGAAGAUCUGAUAACAUUCAGUAUCACAAAUAUGCAAAAGUAGAGAAAAUUAGAAAGGGGGCAAAUACUUUUUCAUAGCACUGCAGAUGUUGUAUGUAUGGGGGACAGAGGAAGGCUUAGUCAUUCAAAAAUCAUGCCAACCCCUAUUAUUUCACACAGAGUGAGUCCAUGUAACUUUAUUAUGUGAUUUGUUAUGCCAAAUUUUACUCCUGAACUAAUUUAGGCUUGCCUAAGCAAAGGGACUGAAUACUUAUGCAACAACUAUAUUUUAGUUAUACAUAAUAAAAAUAAUAAAAAAUUGACAUUACAGAGUAUUUUGUGUAGAUUGUUGAUAAAAAAAUGACAAUGAAAUACAUUUUUAUCCCACUUUGUAACACAAAAUGUGUAGAAAUCCAAGUGGUCUGAUUACUUUUGUAAGACACUGUAAGUGCGUUAGAGUAACUUUUAUAGUGCUUUCUAGAGCUUUACGCUCUCUUCUUCCCUUAGUUCUCUGAAGAUGUGGUUAGUUUAUAGAUUCUAGAAAAUAGGUUGGCUAUAUGGGUUCGAUUUGACACAUACAUUUACAUAAUUUAGCAGACAUACCUACCGUUAUGUUAUUUUGUAAACAUUGCCCGCCUCGCUGUUCAAACUAAAAUAUCUGUCUAAGACUGAAUCUAUCAUUGCAAGCAGUCUUUGAUUAUCUCCUGUUGUGGUUCAAUUAUGACAAUUGUUGGAUUGUUAUCUACAUCAUUAAAUGUCAUUUUAAAAUCCUGUAGUUGCGAUAAGCAUUCGUGCAUGAGAUAAGCAUUAGUGCAUGAACUGCACAGCACCCAAAGCCACCGCAAUGAAUGACUGUUGCUGUAAUAUAUGGUUAAGUGUCUUCAGGGUUAUAUUCAUUAGAAAAUAAGCAGUUCUAUUGGACAAGUCGAGGUCGUCCCUGUUUCAGUCUGUUUUGUAACGUUUGGUGCCUAAUGAAUACGACCCUGUACACUGAGAGUGUGUUUCCUGAUUUAAAAGCAGUCUGCCCCCAUGAAGCCAGUGGAGAUUAAGACACAGUGCUCAGGGACCCGCAUGGACCCCAAGAUCUCCCCAGGAGACCCCAACUUCAUUGCAUUUAUCAACAACAACGACCUGUGGCUGGCUAACAUCAAGUCUGGGGAGGAGAGGAGACUCACCUUCUGUCACAAAGGUCAGAGGGGUCAGCAACUUUUGGACGUUUGUGUACUGUAGUUGUAUGGAAUUGUAAACAUUCUCAAUGCCAUGUUGCUGGCACUGCAUAGAUUUAAUAAAAUGAAUUAAUCCCCUCUCCCUGGGUCAGGUCUGGAUAAUGUGAAGGAGGACCCCAAGUCUGCGGGCGUGGCCACGUUUGUGAUCCAGGAGGAGUUUGAUCGCUUCACUGGCUACUGGUGGAGUCCAUCUGCCGUAGAGGGUGAGUAGGGUCACCAUCUAUCACUCCUUCCAUAUGAGUAGAGCAGUACCCACUUUCAUGUGAGAAAUUGAGCUCCUCUAUAAUCAAAUAGUCUGUCAAUCAGUCAUGCUUUGAUGAACAUUAUACAGGCUUCAACCUGCCCCAGACACUCAUCAUGAAGAUGUUUGUCAUAAACGCUAGCUGUAUCUGUAUGCAUUUUCAAGAACAUGAGGUACACCUGUCUAACCUGCUUUUCUCUUCUGUUAGACUCAGAAGGGGGGAAAACCCUGCGUCUGCUGUAUGAAGAGGUGGAUGAGACGGAGGUAGAGAUCAUUCAUGUUCCCUCUCCAGCCCUGGAGGAGCGGAAGACCGAUGCCUACAGAUACCCCCGCACA